AUCAUCAGUCAGUUGAAAACCAUUUGGGCGUGGAAGUUGGAAACAUUUCCAAAAUGAAAUCCCUUGUUGUUAUUGUAUCCUUUACUUUGAUUGCCAGCUGUCUGGGCAUCAGUGAGGAGGAAAAGGAAGCUGCUUGUCAGCUAGCCGGUAGAUGUAUGCAAGAAACUGGUACCUCUGAAGAUUCGGUUCAGCGUCUGCGUAACGGAGAUACUUCAAAUGUUGACAGCAACUCCAAAUGCUUUUUACAGUGUUUCUUCCAUGGUGCCGGAUUUGUCGAUGGGAAUGGAAAUGUCGACGAAGAUCAUGUCGUCGAAAAACUUUCCUCCCAGUACGAUCGAACCAAGGCUGAAGAGAUUGUGCAAAAGUGUAAGAACAACAGUGGUGCCAAUCCAUGCGAGCGAUCGUUCAGCCUUUUCGAAUGUUACGUUGCCAACAGAGCUAGUUUGAUGUAAGCGACAUGAACAGACUAAAGUGAAACGGACAAUUGUAGCUAAGCGGUGAAAUUCAUGAGACACUCUUCCAUUAUUGAAUGUUAGAGAAUCAGUUCCUAAUAAAAUUAAGUUGAAGCUUCAAAUAA